AGGGAAAGUGGUAACAACUAUCAACUAUCUACACAUUGUCUCUCUAAAAUAUCUCAUUUUAUAGAAUGAGGCUCUUUUAAUCAACAAUUUAGAUAUCUACGUAUUUUUAUCACAUUUCGACAAAUCAACUAUCCGAUCGAGCACAGACCCCAACACGUAUUUAGUUAUUUUAAAUAGAAAGGAAAGACAAAAAGCUUCGUCCUUGUAUCUGGCGCCAAAACUCUUGUGUUGCAAACGAAAUGGCAACCGAGUUAGCGAGUCGAAUAAGCCGAGUUCUGAUCUCCGCUUCCAACAACACAAGGCCGACUCGCUCAUGGAACCCUUCACUCGAGAACGCUCUUCACCGCCUCGGCUGCCGCGACUCACUGAGUCCACAACUCGUCGCCCGAGUCAUCGAUCCUUUCCUCCUCAACCACCACUCCCUCGCUCUCGGCUUCUUCAACUGGGCUUCCCAGCAGCCCUCCUUCUCCCACACCUCCACCACCUACCAAUCAGUCCUCAAGUCUCUUUCUUUUUCCCGCCAAUUUUCCGCCAUUGAUGCUCUGCUCAAGCAAGUCAGAGCCCAGAGAAUCGGCCUCGAUGCAUCGGUCUAUCGCUCCGUGAUUGCUUCACUCAUCAUAGGAAAGAAAACCCACAAUGCCUUUUUGGUGUUCGGCGAGGUUGGGAUUGAAGAUAUUGGGCAUGAGAUUUGCAACUCACUCUUGGCUGCUCUGGCUUCUGAUGGGUAUUUGGAGCAUGCCCAGAAGGUGUUUGAUGAAAUGACUCUGAGAGCUGUGCCUCUGAGCACCGCUGGAUUUGGUGUGUUUGUGUGGCGGCUAUGUGGAAACGCUGAAUUGAGUAAGAUAUUGAGUACGCUAGAUGAGGUUAGGAGGUGUGGUUGGUCGAUCAAUGGGUCCGUUGUAGCGCUUCUGAUCAUUCACGGGCUUUGUAGGGCUUCGAGAGUGUCAGAGGCUUUCUGGGUGCUGGAUGAGCUGAGGAAUAGAGAGUGCAAACCUGAUUUCAUGGCGUAUAGGAUUGUUGCUGAAGCUGUUCGGUCUACUGGGAAUGUGGUUGAUACAGAAAAGGUUUUGAAGAAGAAGAGAAAGCUAGGUGUGGCUCCGAGGAGUAGUGAUUAUAGGGAGUUCAUACUUGGGUUGAUUUCAGAGAGACGGAUACAUGAAGCCAAAGAGUUGGGAGAAGUGAUAGUUAGUGGGAACUUUCCAAUCGAAGAUGAUGUUCUCAAUGUGUUGAUAGGGUCAGUGUCAACUAUUGAUCCUGGCUCUGCAAUGAUGUUUUUCAAGUUCAUGGUUGGAAAAGCGAGCUUCCCAACUCUUUUGACAUUGAGCAAUUUGUGUAGGAAUCUAAGUAAGCGUAGCAACUCUGAUGAAUUGCUGGAAGUUUUCCAAGUUUUGUCUUCUGGUGAGUAUUUUAAAGAUUUGGAGACUUACAACGUGAUGGUGUCAUUCCUGUGCAAAGCAGGAAUGGUGAAGGAAGCCUAUGGGGUACUUCCAGAGAUGAAGAAGAAAGGGUUAAGCCCAGAUCUUUCAACUUAUAAUUCUCUUAUUGAAGCAUGUUGUAGAGAAGAUCUAUUGAGGCCUGCUAAAAGGCUGUGGGAUGAGAUGUUUGCAAAUGGGUGCAGAGGAAAUUUGAAGACUUACAGUAUCUUAAUUCAUAAGUUUUCGGAAGUAGGCCCAGUUGAUGAGGCUCUAACGCUCUUUUACCACAUGUUGGGAAGAGAAGUUGCACCCGAUGCGAUGACUUACACAACUCUACUUGAAGGGCUUUGUCAAGACACAAAGCUUGAAGCUGCUUUGGAAGUUUUUGACAAGUGUGUUGAACAGGAUUUGAUGCUUGCCCAAUCUGUGUUGGGUACAUUUAUCCUCACUUUAUGCAAAGCAGGUCUUUUUCUUGCCGCUUCUAGGUUACUCUGCCGCCUCAGUUUUGAUAUAGCACAUUCAGAUUCUCAUGUAGUUUUACUGAAAUGUUUAGCCGAUGCUAAAGAGAUUCCACUGGCCAUUGAACACAUUAACUGGGUUCGCCAAGCUUCACCCUCCAUGUUGCAAACUAUUUCAAACGAACUAGCAUCGAUUUCUUCUACUCCAAGACCAGAGCCAAUUUUACAGUUGCUUCAAACAAUUUAGAAAUUUUCAGGGCUCAAGCAAUAAUAAUGCUUGGAAGAAAUUUCGGCUCAUAUCAGGUUCUAUACGCAGCACAGAUUGCUCAGAGGUUUACUAAAUCCCAAGACCAUGCCAAAAUAAAUUUCAUUUGAAUUCUGAUGUCUACCAAACAUCUUUAGAAGAUGUCAUACCAGCUUGAAACAAUGCUUGCAGGGAUUUUCAGCUCAUACAUGCUAUGCUAUUCGAUUGCUCAGAG